AGCAGUUUUUAAAUAACUUGCGAUUACAAAAUAAUUAUAUAAAUCAUAAUCACUGAUUUAGUACGGAAACUUAUCGUUGUAGUUAAUUAAUGAGAUCACUGUGAGAACUACAGUAGCGAUUGCCCUUGGUUAUGAAACGCAACAAAUAAUUUCUCAGUACACUUAUAUGAGCCAAGCGUAGGAAGACGUCCAUAAAAAUACCGACUAGAAUCUUCUUCGUAGCUUAUUUAAUUCUAUUGUUACUGCCAUAUUAUUACUUCAGUAUUAUCUCCUACUAUGGAAGGUUUUUUUAGUGUUGAUUCAUUCUAUGAAGUUUUGAACUUCAAACAGAACAAAAAUUAUAUAAUUUUAGAAACGAACCCGUUUUUACGGGGAAAUAAUAUUUACUAGGUCAAUUCGCUUCAGUCCGACGUUGUACAUCCUUAGCCACUGGCGAAGUGUUUGCUGCUAAAUUUUCAAAUCGCACUCGGUUCGGUGAAGACUGCAGUCCUGAUAUACAUCAUGAAAUAGCUCUUCUUUCCCUGUGUUCGCCUUCGCCAAGGAUUACCAAAUUACACGACGUUUUCCAAACAGCAAAGCAGCUCAUCAUUGUCAUGGAAUAUGCUCCGGGCGGAGAUUUACAAAAAGUCAUCGACGACGACAACGUGCCGUUCGAGGGUGACGUAGUCAAGUUUGUUCAUCACGUGGUAGAAGGUUUGGCGUACAUGCACCAAAGGAAAAUUGCUCAUCUAGACAUUAAACCUCAAAAUCUAGUUCUGAUGGGCGCGUUCCCCACAUGUGAUGUUAAACUCUGUGAUUUCGAAAUUUCAAGAGUAAUUCUCGAGGGUACCGAAAUUCGAGAGAUUUUGGGGACUCCUGACUAUGUCGCUCCAGAAAUACUGCACUACGAACCGAUUACAUUGGCUGCGGAUAUGUGGUCUCUAGGAGUGACGACUUACGCUCUUCUAACCGGUUUUAGCCCAUUCGGCGGCGAAACAGAUCAAGAAACAUUUUGUAAUAUAUCUAAUGCCGAUAUCGACUUUCCAGAUGAACUUUUUGAAGACGUGUCCGCCGAGGCGAUAGACUUUAUCCGGAAAUUAUUAGUGAGAGAUCCGAGGGAGAGACUUACGGCCAAGGAAUGCUUAAAACACCCUUGGUUGGCCAAUCUUAGGAAAUCGUCGAGCAUCAACAUCUCGGUACCCGCCAGACGUUCAGGUUGCAACACUUGCGCUAAUUCGGUGUCGUCGACGAUACUAUCUAAGCGAACUGGAUUACAACAAUCUUACUUAUCGAAGUCACGGGAAGCUCUAUUCGAAAAAAUCGUUUCCAAGCACAUCCGACAGAAUGAACAGAAAAAGUUUGGGCUACUUGGUGAAUCACAAUAUGUGUCGGCUAGGAUGUGCGAGAGUCACACGUCGUUGGUGUCCCGGUCGAGACACGGAGGUCCUAGAACAUUCAGCAAAUCUAAAGAAAAACUUUACGGGCUUAAGAGCUUGUCUAAGUCACAAGACAUGUUAGACGUUUGCAAAAGUAUUAAAGACUUAAAUGAAGUAGAUAAAAUUGCUACGGUCGGCAGCCUUUUGAUGAGCCUGACGGGAGUGUCAACAUUGCCAAACUCAUUGUGUUCGUCAACGGCAAAUAUAUCGGUUUCGCAAAGUCAUAUACCCGAAAAUGUAUCUGACGCAGCUGAAAGUACCACAGAAGACGAUAAAGAGAAUGUAGAAAGAAAUGGCGAAGUCCCUAGACCUCCAUCACCUGCUAGCAGUAGCAGUAGUAGUACCACAAGUAGUGUCGAACACUUUUACCACUCAGACGAAGAGCCUAGGUUUACAGUAGCACAGCUAGUAAAGGCAUUUAACACACAUCAAGAAGUAGUUACUCAGCGUUCACUAGAAGUUACGAUGAAUACCACAAAUCCAAUUAUCAAAAUACCUCCUCCGAUUGUUGAAACAGGCACAGAUGACCCGAUGUUUAAAUUCCCCACGGGGCCCAAUGCUUUGAGGCUUUUUAUACCAAAUAUUGACAUUGGUGCAGGAAACACAUCAAAAACUAAAAGAACGCGGGACAGACAAGAGCAACCUGACAGCAGAGACGAAGAGAGUGCACCUAGUCCAAAUUCAGAUGACUGUCGCAAACGAACAAUAUUAGAUAAUUGACAAAUAUAAUGAAAAUGUUUGUAAAUUGUAAUUUAUUAAAUGUACAUAAUAGAGUUAGUUAUUAUAUGCCAGUGAUUUUAUAAAUCGAUUAUUUAGUAUAACUAAAUAGACUAUGAGCAUAAAAAUAUUUGAUACUAUUUUUGUACUUAGCAUGUCAUACAUUAUUUCUAGCAAAACAAUAAACGUACCAAAUAUCAAAACGUUGUUCUAUAUUUUAA